GAGUGCAUAACUGGAAACGUGGAAGUGCGCAGGAACCGCUCACAAAUCGACAGGAAAGAAGGAUCUAAGCAGCCAAAGGAGCAUCUGGUGGAUCUCUACCAUUGAACCAUGAGAAUCCAGCCGACAUUUAACUAAGAGAACGGAAAAGGUGCCUGAAAAGAGCCUGGCAAACAGCGUCGAUGCGCGCAGCCAAAAAUGACGACAGUGGGACAGUGAUUUUCUUCCUCCAUCUCGUCAUUUUUUACACUCAUAUGCUUGGAUGCAAUUCCUCUCCUAUGUAUACAGAUCAAAAAGGAAGUGCUGGAAACCGAACAAUCUCCAACACAGACGCAAGUGCGCACGGAGACGUUUCAUCCUGGGAACAGUUUUCAGAGAAUAAUUACGCAGAGAUAUUGCUGUUUUAUGGGCCGUUUAAGGAUUUUGAACUUUCAAGUGAAAACUUACUCUGUGAGUACAGUUUUGAUCAGGUCGAUAUAGCCCCAACCUUCACGGGCGAUGAGUAAUCCACGACGCAGCAACUGAUAAACCUGUACAACCUGGACUGCGACUGGCGCGUUUGGAUACCUUAUCCCGUGCGUCGCCUAUUUUUUUUGCAUAUGGCUUAUUUUUCGGGGUUCGUAAACUACUCAUAUAAUAUUGAUAUUUCAUGGCUGUAGAGUGUAGCAACAGUAGCGUGUGGCGAAAAAGGACGGUGCAAGACUAACCGGGGAGAAAACAGCGCACUUUUAUCGCCUUAUUUCCAAAGAGGAGACAUUGCGCACGGGCAAUAACGACUGCAGCAACUCGCCUACAACCCAGACUUUUUUUUAUAUCAUUGAAUCCUUUGUUGUUUCUUUCGCUGCUGUCAUCGUAGUAUGUCUGCACUCCGAAAGAAAUUUGGGGACGAUUAUCAGGUAGUGAACACCUCAUCUAGCGGGUCUGGAUUCAAUCAGCCUCCCCCAGAGAAAAAGAGGAAGAGGCAGCGGUUCGUGGACAAGAACGGGCGAUGUAACGUCCAGCAUGGGAACCUGGGUGGUGAAACCAGCAGAUACCUCUCAGACUUAUUCACAACACUAGUAGAUCUGAAAUGGCGCUGGAAUCUAUUUAUUUUCAUCCUCACCUACACAGUCGCUUGGCUCUUCAUGGCCUCUAUGUGGUGGUGCAUCGCAUACAUCCGAGGAGACCUCAAUAGAGCCCACAAUGACAAGUACACUCCAUGUGUGGCCAAUGUCUAUAACUUUCCCUCAGCCUUUCUCUUCUUCAUAGAGACCGAGGCCACGAUAGGAUAUGGCUACAGAUACAUCACAGACAAAUGUCCCGAGGGGAUCAUUCUCUUUCUUUUCCAGUCGAUCCUCGGAUCGAUCGUCGAUGCCUUCUUGAUCGGCUGCAUGUUUAUCAAGAUGUCUCAGCCAAAGAAAAGGGCCGAGACUUUGAUGUUUAGUGAACAUGCUGCCAUAUCUAUGCGAGAUGGAAAACUAACUCUCAUGUUCAGGGUCGGCAACCUGCGUAACAGCCAUAUGGUUUCUGCACAGAUCCGCUGCAAAUUGCUGAAAUCUCGCCAGACGCCCGAGGGCGAGUUUCUUCCGCUGGAUCAGUUGGAGCUGGACGUGGGUUUCAGCACUGGGGCAGACCAGCUCUUCCUCGUCUCACCACUCACGAUCUGCCAUGUGAUUGACACCAAAAGCCCCUUCUACGACCUCUCCCAAAGGUCCAUGCAAACGGAGCAGUUUGAAAUUGUGGUGAUACUAGAAGGAAUAGUAGAGACUACAGGUGAGUAA